AUGGAAAAUCUUUUCAAUUGGUCCCAGCCAGCUCGCCGUCGCUAUUCCUCGAGAGGAAAACCAGUACAAUCGGUCCACGAGAAAUCUGCCGGAAUAAAGCCGGCAACGAAGGUUGUUCAGAUACCGGUCCACUCCGUCGUUUCCGAUCCAGAUCGGACACAGAAACCUGAUGAGGUGGCGCAGGCGGAGGCGCCUGAUAGAAGAUCUGCUUCCGCGUUAAGGAUCCAAAAGGUAUUUCGUGGUUAUAUGGUGAGGAAAAACGUGAAGAGAAUUAUGUCAAUACGAAAAGAGGUGGAUGAGAUUGAACGGAAGCUUUUAUGCGGCGAAACGGCGGAGUUGAUUCGGAGAGACGCAAGGGAAAGGCUACGGGUGAAUGAAACGUUAAUGUCUCUGCUUUUCAAGCUGGACUCCAUUCGUGGAAUUGAAACUGGUGUUAGAGAGUGCAGAAAGGGUAUGAAGUUGCUUCAGAUUGUUUUCUGA